AUUUCUGGUGUAAAAUGUCAAUAGAAGAGAGAGGUUUUCUUUGGAUGUAGUGCAGGUGAGGUGUUUGUCGUGAGGGCACGCUUCUGAACGAUAUUUGCUGUCAUACUUGCGUGAGCAAUGCUCUAAUUCCGUUUGUGGUUUGGUUUUGAGAGAAGGAAUCUCUCACUAUUUCUCAAAAGAAAAAAAAGGAGGGAGAGAGAAGAACAAAAUAAACAGAACCCACAUGAUAGAAAAACCCUGCCAUUGCUUUUCUGUCUCUGUUUAACAGAUUUCGGAAUAUCUGGCUGUUUGGGGGCGUUAAUGAUAGUGUUUUCGAUCCGGGUUUUGGUUUUGGGAUUUGGGAGUGAGGAUUUUUCAAGGCUGGGGAAGGUUGGGUGGGUGGGUCUUUUAUAUAUUACGCUUGCACUUCUCUCAGCUGUGCUUUCCAUGGAUUUUUGUCUCUCUCUGUGAGCUUGGGGCUGUUAAAGAAGUGGUGUUUUUUUUCUUUCUGGUUAUCUGGGUUUUGAUUUUUGGAUUUGGGAGCGGGGAUUUUGUUGGUUUCAGAAGGUUGCUGUUGGAUUUUCUAAGCUUUGGUCUGUUCGUUUGUUGUUGGGGUUGAACAUGUGUUUUUGGAUGGGUUUUGGAGAUUGAGUUGUUUUCUAUGGGUGUUUUUUGUUUUCUCUCUUCGUCUUGUGCUCUGUUUUAGAGUUGUUUCCCGUUCAUCUUGUGCUGUGUUUUGAUAUGCUUGUUGUAGCCUCUGGCUUGAGAUUUUAGUGAAACUCUGGUGAUUUCAUGGUGUUUUACGACUUGGUUUUCUGCCAUUUCCUAGUUUUCGUAAACUUUGAAUUGCAAAGGUUUUUGUUUUUUUGGUAGUUUGAAGUAAAAGUUGGUUUUCUUUUCUUCUUCUUCUUUUAGUCUGGGUUUCUUUCAAUAUUUCUUUCCCUUGCUGAUAAAAAAUGGAGACAAACUCUAGAAAAGAACCGGGCCAGCAGCUGCUUGGUCUAAUAUCCAAUGAAAGAGAUUGGUUGGUGGAAGAUGGAGGAGGUUUUGGAGUCGCAGAGGAUAGAAAGCUAGAGCUGAGGCUUGCACCUCCUGGAGAUUGGCUACUCAAAGAUAAUACCAGCGGUAGUAGCAGCUGCUGCAGCAGAGAAAGAGAUGAAUUUCUUCUCUCCCUUGGAUGUGUGUCUGGGCCUCCCAAAACCAGUAAUCCUUCUGCUGGUGCAAAGAGAGGUUUUGUAGAUACAGAAGCUGGAGCUGCUAAUAGCAGUGGAAAUCAAAACCAGAAGAUUUCUUCACAGAAAGCUGGUGUCUUGUUUCCUUCUCAUCGGUCUUCUUCACCAUCUCCCUCAGCUUUUCAACAGUCUCAUCAGAGAAAACCAGCAUUUUUGCAGUUUCAAUCAACCCCAAGUUUGCCUGUUGCGGUAAAGGAAUCCUCACAGGCAAAUGGAACUAAGGGAGAGGUGCAGAGCCAUGAAAGGAAAGCUUGUUCUCCUGCAUCUGCACCUGCAAAUACAGCUGUUCCCAGAAGCUCUCAGACAAGAACUGGCUCUGCUCCUGUUGUUGGGUGGCCUCCGAUCCGUUCCUUUCGAAAGAAUCUUGGGAGCAGCUCUUCAAAACCUGCUCAGCAGAAUGAAGUUCCGAAAAUAGGUGAAAACACUGAAAGUUGCAAGAAAGGUUUGUUUGUGAAGAUAAACAUGGAUGGUGUCCCGAUUGGAAGAAAGGUCGAUCUCAAAGCUUAUGACAGCUAUGAGAAACUCUCUUCUGCAGUAGAUGAUCUUUUCAGAGGCCUUCUUGCAGCUCAAAGAGAUUCUCUUGCCAGUGGAAAUCAGAACAAAGUGGAAGAAAAUCAGGCAAUUACAGGUUUACUAGAUGGAAGUGGGGAAUAUACUUUGGUUUAUGAAGAUAAUGAAGGAGACAGAAUGUUGGUUGGUGACGUUCCAUGGGACAUGUUUGUAUCUACGGUGAAGAGACUGCGUGUGUUUAAGAGCUCUGAAGUUCCAGCACUGUGCCUUGAGAGCUGCAAGCAAGGAAAAACAUCACUAGCUUCAGGAGUGAGAUGAGAAAGAAAGCCGGCGUCUUUGUUUGUUUUUUGCAUUUGACAUUUUCCUCAUUUUGGUAAGAUUUGGAGCUAUAACUGCAUGGGGUUUUUUUUCCUUGGAGGAAUGGAUUUGAUCUUGUUUUUCCUUUUCUUUUGGAGGGGUUUGUACUUGUAGAAAAGAAAGAACGAAGGAACAAAAAUCCCAGGUGGCUGCAAUGUGGUUCAAGGAAUAUAUAUAUAUAUAUAUAUAUAUAUAUAUAUAUAUAUAUAUAUAUAUAUAUAUAUGAUUUUAGAAGGUCAUUAAAUGGCAAUUACAUAAUCCUAAUUAUCUAUUUUUAAUUAAUUAUAUUCUCACUAUUAAUUUUCGAAAUAUUUUCUUUUCA